GAUCGCGACGCCCGUUGGCUGUCGCAUCGCAGGUGGGGCGUAGCCACGGGAGCCGGGCGGGCACAUUUCGAAACGCGGUUGGGCGGCGGCGACUGAAGAUGCAGCCGGCCGGCUUGGCGGCGGCGGCGACGCCCCGGCAGCCCUCGAAGCGGAGGAUCCCUGUGUCCCAGCCGGGCAUGGCUGACCCCCACCAGCUUUUCGAUGACACAAGUUCAGCCCAAAGCAGGGGCUACGGGGCCCAGCGGACACCCAGCGGCCUGGGCUACCCUGCAGCCUCGCCCCAGGCAGCCUUCCUGGAUGAUCCUGUGUCCAGUAUGGCCAUGGCCUAUGGGAGCAGCCUGGCUGCACAGGGCAAGGAGCUGGUGGAUAAGAAUAUUGAUCGCUUCAUCCCUGUCACGAAGCUCAAGUAUUAUUUUGCCGUGGACACCAUGUAUGUGGGCAAAAAGCUGGGCCUGCUCUUCUUCCCCUACCUGCACCAGGACUGGGAGGUGCAGUACCAGCAGGACAUGCCAGUGGCCCCCCGCUUUGAUGUCAACGCUCCUGACCUCUACAUUCCAGCUAUGGCUUUCAUCACCUACAUCUUGGUGGCUGGCCUGGCACUAGGGACCCAGGAUAGCCCCAGCACUGGGCCUCUUUCUGAGACCAUCCUGCCCCCCCACCCCAGGAUGAUUGGCGGGGUCCUCAUGGGCCUGCUGUUUGGCAAGAUUGGCUACUACCUGGUGCUGGGCUGGUGCUGUGUGUCCAUCUUCGUGUUCAUGAUCCGGACGCUGCGUCUGAAGAUCCUGGCAGAGGCGGUGGCCGAAGGGAUCCCAGUGCGCGGGGCGCGGAACCAGCUGCGCAUGUACCUGACCAUGGCCGUGGCGGCGGCGCAGCCUCUGCUCAUGUACUGGCUCACCUUCCACCUGGUGCGGUGAGGGCGGCCCGCCGAAGCCUCCAGCUGCUAUUUCUGGCGGCCCCCGCGCUGCCUCUGCUCAUCUCCCGCCGCCGGUGGCCACAGGGUCCGCCCGUGGCGUCCCCGGCGCCGCCCCCAUCUCGAGACCCCCCUACCCCUCGCCGAGGUGCUGAGAUGUCCAGCUGCACAGGCCGCCCCCCGCAGUGCGGCCACUGUUCCGGAAACAAUAAACCGUGAUGGGCACGGCG